CCAAAGAAAACCCGAACUUGAGCAUUUGCGGAAGCAGCUUGGGACAUAAUUAGGUUUAACUGAUGCGCAUAGCAAUGCACAUAGUGAGCAAAUGGAUAUCUUUGUUUAAUUUUUGCCUGUACUCCAGCAUUAUGUCCGCUCAUUACCGCGGCUCCGUCAUAGCUUUGUGAAAUCAGUUUGUUAGGGAAAUUUCCUAUUAAUGGAUCUACGACGCUCAAAAUAUGUUUGAGAAUCCGCGUCACACUUUUCGGAAUUCUAUAAUUCCAAAAACGUUCUACUGGUUCGCCGUUAAAUACGUAUCUGAAAAUUGUUACCAGUUGGGUUUUCCCCGAAAUGUCCGUUGGUUCAUCUGCUAUUAUCGCCAAAUACAAGGCUCUGUUAAUCUGUUUUAUUAUUUCAUCAUGACAAACUUAGUCAAGUCUGAAACGUGCUACAAUACUUUCGGAAACCUUGGUACUUAAAAAAAUUUGAGUAUGGAGUGAUAUAUUCAAAAUUGGAAAAGAGAGUCCGCAAAUGUUAACAAAUCAAC